AUGUCAUCGUCGGAUGAAUCCCGAGCAUGAAUAAUAAAUUUGGAACGUCCUUGUGAAAACAUAAAGUGAACUCAGAGAGUGACCAAAAGAAAAAAAGGAAACGUUAGCUUCCUAGGGCAGAAGCUGAACCAUAAUGUCGGGCAACUUUUUUGUCCACAAUCAGGUCAAACGUAAACCGACGAGAGCCGGAGAUUUGAACCUUCCUGUUUGAAGAAGGCAAGCAGGAGUUCAAGGUGGUGACACCCCGAGAGAAGUGGUGGGUGUAAAUUAUUAGACGGAGCAACCUUUUGAAGUGCGGAAGCCUGUUGGUUCAAGAACUUUUGCCCAAAUGGAUCCUCGGGCUGCCGGAAGCUGCCGUAGUAAACAAGAAAUCCGCCGGGACGAGCAAGAUGAUUUAAAUCGGCUGCAGUAAGGCGUGAACGGAGAAAAUUUCCUGACGACGGAAGACGGAAGAAGGAGGACGAAGUUAAAUUAGCAUUCCGACUGGAAAAGUGAUACCGUGUGUUCCGGGUUUUCUGUCGUCUCCCUCCGGUUUUGGAAGGGAGACUCCUAAUUCAUCCGCCAUGCCAACGACGACGAUGAAAAACGAAACGAACGAUCAGCACAGCGACAAUGAGGAGGAGGAUCCCAAGGAUAUGAAAAAUGCACACCUGAUAAUCAACGAGCUCCGAACCCGCUGCCGGAAUCAGUCGGAGCAGAUUAUGUCUUGGAAGAAGGCCUACGCUCUGCAACAAGAGCAAAACCACCGGUUACAGAAGGAGAAGGCGGAGCAACUGAACUACCUGACCAGCCAGUUGCUGCUGCUGGAAUCGAGAAUCAUGCGGAAACAGAAGCAGGUGUCCAAUGUGCUGUAUCAGCGAGAACUGACCAUCUACCGGCAGCAGAAGAUCAUCGAAACCCUCACCAGUCGACUGAUAGAUCACGGGAUCAUGGAUGUGGUGCUGGAUCCGGCGAUAGGCGGAAGUGGAGGCGGUGGAAGUAAUGACUUCGAUUCGUUGAAUGAUUCGGAUUCGGCAGUGGUUUUGGAAGAUGUCGACUCCGAUUGUAAUAGCUCGAUCUAUUUUGGUGGCGGAAGUUUGAAGGGUCGUUGUAAUAAGUUGAACAACGAUGUGACGAUCGUGAGGUCGAUUUCGGACGCUAUAGAGACUACGAAUCUGAAGUAUAACAACACGAGGCGGUCUAAUUGUUUUUUGAGGAGACCGGAAGUUUUGGAAACGGUAUAUAGUGUGGAGGAGGAUCCGGAACCCCAAGGAGCCGCUGGGGGAGGAUCAGGUGGAGGAAGUAGUCCGGGGAAUUCGUCCGGAAAGUCGGAUGCCGUUAGCGAAAAGCGUGAUAAGUUUAAGAAUCGAACUGAGAAAUGUAUUUCGUCGGAUCAAUCAGAUGAUUCGAAGGACAACCAAAGUACGACCACGACGAAGAUCACCAGUACAACCAUGACUACGGUGAUCAUCACAAAAACAAGCUGCGAUGGAGAUUCGGGAGGCUGUGAAACUCCACCGGAGGCAACCUGCAAGCCGGGAGCUGUGACGAACUUUAACCGGGUCAUGUCCAAUCAUCGAUCGGUGACCAAACCGAAGGACGUCAAAUACAAACGCAUCAACAAGGCCAAAUCGAAAAGUUUGGAAGAACUGCGGGGUCGCCUAAGACACUGGGUCGAGCGGGGAAGUUGCAAUAUGAGCGUGAACCUGGACGGCACCGGACUUACUCAUCUGGAACAGUGCCAGCUACAACUGCAGCAAUCCCAGCAAAACCUAGCGCAAAGCUAUGCGUGACCUGAGCCAAAGCCCCAAGUUCGGGGUAGCAUUUAAUGGUUAUUUAUUUUAGGGAUUCUUUUUGUUUUGUGGCGUUUAGACGCAUUGCUAAAAGCCGCCUAAGUUCUGAAAGCUCAAUUGAAAAAUUGUGAUUUAUAUUAUUUGAAUUCCUCAUGGCAGUUGCAUGCCCUCUAGCUAACUUUUGUUAGUUUUCGAAUCCUUAAAAUGAUCAAAAUUGUACAGAGUCGUUAUUUUCCAAACGUUAUUUAUUGCAAUCCUACUAAUUGUACAUUGAAAUCCACAACAUAAUCCAAGGAAUACAAUCAAAUUUUCUAAUUCCACAACAUUGAAAAAAUACUCUGACUGAGUCAGGUAACCUAAUAUUUUGCGAAAAACAUUCACAACGUUCACAAAUUCGAUCUUCGAACACAAGCUGCACUGAACAACAAUCAACAAUCGCUAAAGACUUGUUAGCAUGCAAAAUGACAAUUCGUAGCUUUUGUACUAUAUUGCACUGGCUUAUCAGAAAGAAGAAAUGUUUAAGGUAUACAAAACAACAUGAAAAGAAACAUAUUUUCCUACACAAACCGCAACUAGAUAUAUACAUUGUAACUUGUAGCUUAAAUAACAUUAAAUAAUAAGAAAUGACUGCUUGUUAGGACGCAGGUCAAGUGAUCUUUCUUCCCAAAGUGUGUUUCAACAAUACAUGAUCAAAGAAACAGAAAUUGAAUUCAACUUUUUCCGAUCAGAUUUUACAAUCGAAUCAAUUAAUUAGCAGGUAAUUUGAGAGAGAUGAAAAAGAAAAAAAUAUGUGAAUUGAAUCGUUCGACUUAAGGAAAUAAUAUAUUCGAAAACAAAAACACUCCAAAAGCAGGAAUAAAUGUACUGAAGCCGUAUGUGAAUAAUUAUAGCCUAUAAGAUUGAAGACUUUUGCUAAAACCAAAAGGUUGAUAAAUAAAGAUAACAAAAACAAAACCUGUACAUAAGUUCAAUUCCGAAAAUGAAAUUGAAACAAACAAGUCCGCGAUCCUCAACCCAAAAGAGGAAAAUAUUAUGAAUUUGAAGUAAUGACACUAGUAAGAGAAUAUUAAUCUGCAAAAGAUAAGAAGUAAAACAAAACAAACAAAACAAAACUAUACAUACGUAGGUGUAACUUUCACGGCAAUUGCUCACCACGCGCUGUUUAAGCUGAGGUGGUAGUCAAUGUCAAGAAAUAAAUCAACAAAUAAACAAAAAAAAAACAAUAUGGCAACAAAACAUCCAUCAUGUGUAUAUGAACGAGAUAACUCUGUUUUGAAUGCUUAUCAAAUAAAACACAAAAAUAAAGCAAACUUUUGUCUGUGCUUCUGCCAGAAUGAAUGGAAACCUGA